AUGUCCCACCACCGGAUCAUAGAACUAUUCGACGAAAGCACCAACCAAGAACAAGAUGAGCACCUGUCCCUGCUUUCCGGAAUGGAAGACCUCUCUCUUCUAUCUCAACAAGAACAACCCCAAACCCCAAGCGAAGAUUACACAGUGUAUAUCGGCCGGCCCCACAAGCCGUACUUCGACAUCAACGAUCGGUAUACCCUUAUAGUCCCCAGAUGGAGCGGGGUUCGUGGGAACAUGCUCAUCCUACAUGGAACGAUGACGCACACCUGUAUGUGGAUAUGGAUUUCUGAAAGACAGGACGAGGAGAGUGGGGAGGUUGUGCUUAAGAAGGGGGUGGCGAGAUUCUUGCGGUGCCCGUAUCGAUGUGAUACGCUGGUUGAGAAGAAAGAGGUGGGGGUGCUUAGGGCUGCGGAGUGUGAGAGGUUUGAUCGGAUUGUUGAAGAGACGUCGGCGUGCAAGGGGACGACUUUUGUGUUUGAGGUUCUGGAGGCUUGUUCUGGGGAAGGGGUGCUUGGGGAGGAGGGUGUGAGGAAUGCUUUUUUUGACUUGAGGGUGUCUAGUAUGCGUUUUUAG